AUGGGUUCCCAGCCCGACAACAGCAACCAACUUUCACCUGGGAUUACUCCUAGUACUGGUGAUUCGGUUAUUGGUGGUGUUCCCGCUAUACAGCUGAAGAAGAAACCAAAUGUAGUUCCGUCCCUCACUCCUGUUGCGGUUUUUGCUGGUUUAGCGCUUUUAACCGUCGCUUUAGGUCUCUACUUAUGCAAAUUGAAGAAAGCUACCUCAAGUGAACCACCGAGCUCACUUGUUAUUCACCCCCUGGACACAUUUAACUCGGAUAACACAAUCGGAAUUUUGAUCGCCAAUGACACACACAUGCAUGCUAGUGUUGGCAGUGGUUCGAGUGAGUCCCCUGUAAUCAAGUCUGGAAACAUGAUCAUUUGGGUUCAAGUAUUAAAAAAUGCGACAAAAAACUUCGGAAAAGAAAGCGAGCUUGGGCAUGGCGGGUUCGGGAUCGUUUAUAAGGGCCAGUUAGACAAUGGCACAAAAAUAGCAGUUUUAACAAAGGUUAGACACAGACAUUUGGUGUCACUUUUAGGGUAUUCAACUGAAGGGCUCGAAAGAAUUCUUGUUUAUGAAUAUAUGCCUCAAGGUGCAUUAAGUGGGCAUCUAUUUCAUUGGAAAAACUUCAAAUUGGAACCACUUUGUUGGAAAAGGAGGUUAAAUAUUGCAUUGGAUAUGGCUAGAGGUACGAAAUCUCUUCAUACUUUGGCUUAUCAGAGCUUUAUACACCGGGAUCUCAAAUCGUCCAAUAUUUUACUUGGCGAUGAUUUUCGAGCCAAAGUUUCGGACUUUGGAAUGGUGAAACUCGUCCCGGAUGGUUGGAAGUCAAUUAUGACUCGGGUAGCUGGGAUGUUUGGAUACGUUGCCCCUGAAUAUGAUGUGAUAGGUAAAUUGACAACUAAGGUCGAAGUCUUCAGUCGCUGUGUCGUUCUUAUGGAGCUACUAACCGACUUAAUGGUGUUAGACAAGGACAGACCUAAAGAAAAACGAUACCUGGUAGAAUGGUUUUGGCUGGCUGGGUCACUAGUGUUGUAG